CCGCAAAUUAUUCCCACCAAUAGGCGGGAAACAAAACUAAACCUCAAAUCUUUUCACAAAUUUUAAAAAAUUCUACCAAAAACCAUUAACACAAACACGCGGCACUUCCUUUCAUUAAUUUCCCCCACUAUUUCUUGUCUCUUCAUUUCUCUCAUUUCUAGGGUUUGUGAUUCAAUCUUCUUCUACAAGUUUCUCGAAACUGUUCUAGAAUCUUCUAGAAGGUUCAUUUUCAGUUGAAUCGAAGCAAUGUCGGAGCCGAUGGUGAUUGAUGAAGUGAAAACGGACGGUUCAGAUCGAACAGUGAAGAAAACGAUGAAGAGAAAGAGAUCUAGUUUAGUAAUAGUGGAAACUCCUGAAGUGAAAAUGGCGAAAAUCCAAGUGUUAAAAGAGGAAAUGAAGGGAUUGUUUGAGUAUUAUAAGGAAUUAAUGGAGAAAAAAGUGAUGGAAAUGGAAAUGGAGAAUAUGAAAGGGUUAGGGUUAGGGUUGAACUGUGUGAUUGCUUGUAUGUUGGAGGAAAGUAAGCUUUCGUUAUCGAAAUUAGUGGAUAUGAUUUAUGAGAAGAUUAGUAGUGAUAAUGAUAGUGAGUUUAGUGGUAAUUGUAGUAAGGUUAGUGUGAAAAGUGCUGUGAUUUUGGUUGGGCAGAGGAUGUUUUACGGAAUGCCGGAUGUUGAUGCUGAUGUAUUGGAAGAUGAAUCUGAGAAUGCUCUUUGGUGUUGGGAGACAAGAGACCUUAAAUUGUUGCCAAAAUCUGUCCGGGCUACUCUGAAGAUUCGCCGGACUUGUCGGAAAAAAAUCCAUGAGAGAAUUACUGCUGUCUCAGCUUUGUUGACUGCACUAGAAAAGGUAGAAACUGAUCCAAACUGCACCCAAGAACAGCUGAAAGCUUCUGAAAAGCUUGCCAAAGUAUUAAAUGAGGCAGAUAUCCGCUUGUUAGUUGCAAGCAUGGAACAGAAAAAUGGUGCUGAAACGGCUGAGAAGUCAGUAAAACGAGAGGAGAAACUUUUGAUCAAGCAGUUAGAGAGAAACAAGCGAGAAGCUGAAAAAGAGAAGAAAAGGAUGGAGCGUGAAGUUCAGAAGGAAAAGUUGAAAAGUGAAAAAGAGCUAAAACGGCUACAAAGUGAAGCAGAGAAAGAGGGAAAGCGGUUUGAGAAAGAAGAAUCUAAACUGAAAAAGCAGAUGAUGAGGGAGCAAGAAGAAGCUGAGAAAGAUCGACGCCGCAGGGAGAAGGAGGAAGCUGAAGUUAAAAGGCAACUUACUUUACAAAAGCAAGCUUCAAUGAUGGAGCGCUUUCUUAAAAGAAGCAAAACUAAUUCUCCUUCCCAGAAUAGCCUGACCGUAGAAGAGCAAGCUUCUGAUUUUGCCCCCAGCAAAUGUGAAAAGAUGGCUGAAUCUGUUACUCUCUCAAUGGACUCAGUCCUUACACAAAAUGAUGACUUUAAUGCUGAUGAUUUGUGGAAGUCACACUUAACUUCAUGGCAUUGCUUAGGUCGUUCAAUUCAUUCAAAAGGAAAAGUUCAUUGGGGAAUCCGUCGAAAGCCCAAGACAAAUGUAGUGAAGGAAAUUAAGCUAACAGCCAGUAGAGGACAAGACGAUGAAGAUAAUUCAGAGAAACUAGUUGAUGGAUGGGCUGAGCCUAACAGCAAUACCAGAUCAUGUAAUGCUGGUGAGGUCAAUGCUAUUCCUUGUCCCCAGAAAGGAUUAAUGAGGAGACAAUUGUUGCAGUUUGAUAAGUGCCACAGGCCUGCAUUUUAUGGUGUUUGGCUGAAGAAAAGCCAAGUUGUUGGAGCACGUCACCCCUUUGCAACGGAUCCAGACUUAGAUUAUGAGGUUGAUAGUGAUGAGGAAUGGGAAGAGGAGGAACCCGGUGAAAGUCUGUCAGAUUGUGAUAAAGAUGAUAAUGAAUGUUUGGAGGAAGAAUGUUCAAGAGAUGAAGAUGAAAGUGAAGAUGGGUUUUUCGUGCCAGAUGGGUAUCUCUCAGAUGAAGAGGGUGUACAAGUUGACAAAGUGGAAUCUCAUGAUGCAGAAGGGUCUAAAAUUUUGUCUAGUUCUGCACAGGAAGUACCGGGUGAAGAGUUUGCUAAGCUGCUUCGGCAGCAGAAAUAUCUUCACAACUUGACUGAACAGGCUCUUAGGAAAAACAAGCCACUUAUUAUAUUGAAUCUUAUGCAUGAGAAAGCUCCCCUGAUAUCGGCUGACGAACUGACUGGAAAUGAGAAAGUCGAACAAAUGUGCCUGGGGGCACUGGCCAUCUGUUCAUUUCCUGGUCAUUCAUCUAUACCGAUAUCCACUUGUAAUGAUGAGGUUGAGGGAGAUUCUGAGGCUUGCCCGUCAGGUAGCAAGUCAAGUUCCCCACAAAUGGCAUCUUCAGCUGCUCUAACGGACUCAGAUUUACAUCAAGUUGUAUCUGUUAUUCAGUCAUGCUCACAUGGUAUAAACAAGGUAGUGGAGUCUUUACAACUUAAAUUCCCAAGUAUUGCGAAGUCCCAACUGAAAAACAAGGUGCGGGAGAUAGCAGAGUUUUUUGAUGGUAGAUGGCAGGUUAGGAAGGAUGUUCUUGUAAAGCUUGGGCUAUCCGUAUCACCUGAAAAAGGUGGCAGGACAAAGAGCAUUGCUGCUUUCUUUUCCAAGAGAUGUUUGCCGCCUUCUGGAAAGACCAUCAAUCUGCAUGAAACUUCCCCACAAGCAUGCCAGAAAACUGCACAUACAAACAUGAAUAAGAAUCUAGACUCCUCUGUUUAAUCUUUUUGGCCCCUUAGUUAAGUCUUCUCUUAUAACCCUUUUCCUAUAUAAUAGAUGCCUGCUUAUGUACACCGGGUUUUGUAACUUUUUGUAUCUGGUCUUGUAAGUUGAAAGCUGUGCAUCAGUUAACUGUCAGUAAUUCCCCUAAAUAUCGCACAGUGCUGAAUGUCCCUCGUAUUUCUAAUGUUGGGAUGGUGCAAAGUUUUUGAACUUCAGAAAAUCAAAUAUCCUUAACAAAGGAAAAUAACUAGAAUGUGUCCAGGUGUAGAGUGCAUCUGGAUGUUCUAUAUGUUUUCUUAAUUGAAUUUGCUGUGUAUAUAACAUGGUUAUGGUUUUCUAUUAGUAAACUUAUAUUACAUGGUUGUGAUUUU